AUGUACUCUAAGAUUUCCCUUUCGAGUGGAGUCUCCAUAUCGGGCAACUGGUUGCAAGGUCAGCGCAUUCACUAUGUCAAGCCCGACUGUAUACCAUCUAGAGGAGGAGCCACAGUGGUGGUUGGGCUGAAGAGGGAGAUACCGCAGGACAUGUGGAAUGCAUUAGAAAUAGUUUUCCGACGUCAUGAUCGGCGUCCUUCAACACGCAACAGUCCCCAACUUGGCACGGCGCGGCCACCGGACAGCCCACAGGCGAUUCCGGCAGGGUUUGUGAAGACUUUCAAGCCAGAGGGGAUAAGGAAGGGUAAAAAGCUAGCAGUAAAGAUCAGAGGAGAUCUUCCACCCGGAGACUACGACGUCUCGGUCUGCUUCGCUGGACGGAUGCUGCAUGGUACGUUACCGAUCGAAGUCGUUGAUAAGAAGGAGUUGAGCGAUCGCGAUAACUACCACGGCACGAAUUCGGAGGCAGAGAAGGUCUCGUCGUCAGCAUCACAUAUGCAUUCUCAUCAGCCUAGUAGUGGGUCGCAGUCAGCUGCUGCUACCCCGGGCAUGCCCCCAGCGUUGGCUUCUCUACUCGGUACGACGAAUAGUAUUCCCGAGGGGGGUCAGUUGGAAAAUCCUCUGAUGCGGGCACUGGGGGGCUCCGGACUACCUCCGGCUGACGAGAAGUGAUGAUAGUCUUUGUUAUUCUGUCGAAGUCAUUCUCCUACUGCGGCUCUAUCAGUAUCACCGCAGGUGAGACUACUGUUUGUUCAAAUACCGUGUAUCAAUGCU